AUGGAUCCCGAUAAUAGCAACUCUGAUUCAAGAGUAGUAUACAGUCCAAGACUCUACACCUAGCAGUCUUACAGAGUUCCUAAAAGAAGGGUUUCAAGCAAUUAGUUCAGUGAUAGUUUGAGUUUCAGAAAGACUGUGAUUUAGCCUCGAUAUUUCAAAGUGAAUCGAGGUAAUUUGCUAAUUAUGGAAUAGCAAGAAUCAGAAAACCAUCACUCUCCAGCCAAUAAGGGCAAAAAUCAUAAAGAAAGUCUGUUGAGAAGUAUUUUCCUAAAUAAUCAUUUAAACACUCGGCAAAGAAGUUUGCUGAAUCAAUAAUACUCUCCUACAGCUGCAUAAUUCAAUCAAUCAAGUCUAUUACCAUAAAACAGUGGACAAUCUCCAUUCACUCAAACUGUUCAUGGCUUCACGAAAACUAUAUUCCACAUACCUUUAUUAACUAGUAACUCAAAGAUUAUUAAAAAUUAACAUUUGGAAAGUAAUCCUAAUGGUAAUUACAAUCAGGAUAUAUAGUUGACUCAGACAAGUAAAAGUGAAGGCUUAGAAUAAAUGAGACAGUUUGUUAAUGACUAUCCUGUCUAAGACAGUAUUGUAAUCGAUAGGAAUUCAUACUCUAUUAAUAAAAAUGAUGAAUAACUGUAGCCUAAGCCAACUCGCUUAGUUUACCUACCGCAGCGAUGCAAAUAAAUAUUAGUAAAAGCUAAGGUAAAGCAAGAUUAAAUGCAGUAUUAUGAUCAAAUGAGAAAUAAUAGUCAAGAUAAGUCUAAAUCAUACACUAACCUAAAAAGCUAAUCUAGUAGAGUGGCUGCAUAAUUCACUCCUGAAAAACCAUAGCCAUCAUCAAUAAUAAGCCAUCUGACACUUUUGAGCCAUACAAAUACAUCUAGACCAGCGACAUAAAGUUAUCUUAGGUUUCAAAGAUAAAAUUACAAUACUAACAAUGAAAAAUCUUCAAUUUUCAACUGCAAAGUUCUAGAAUCAAUUAAAAGUAACAUUAAAAAAUCCGAGACAGUUAAAUAAGUUAACCAGAUGUAUCAGUAGAUUUUCUAAUCUACCUAAGACUAUAAUAAUGUCUUUGAUAGAAAUAAAAGACUAUUAUAAGCUUUAAAAGAUAUUGAGCACAAUAAUGAAGAUCUAAAACCAGAAAAUUCACUGCGUCAAAGUUUCGGAGGAGUCUCAAUCAGAGGCAGUUUAGAUAGAAAUUAGUUGAUUUAAAAAAGUAAUAACUCAAGUAAAUUGUAAAAAAGGAAAAAAGAAGUUAUGAUUUAAAAAUAAGUCAACACUGGUAUCAGAAACAAGAGCGAUACAAAGCAAAAAUAAGAUAAUUCUAUGCAUCAUAGCCCUUUACCACCUAAUUAAAAAGCUUAUAAGCUAGUAUUUGUUGACGGAAAUGAAAAUGCAAUGAAAUUUCAGGAUUAAAAUGACAUCCGAAAAGAAGUAGCUGAUUUCCUUGAUUAUAAACAAAAGUUAAGUAAGAAAAACCAUAAUAUAAUGAGAAAUUAUCAAACAGGAGAGAUCAAAGUAGAUAGCAUCGUGCCAAUUCACAAUUAAACUUAAAUUGAUGUUGUUUAGAAUGAAUCUAAAAAACCUAUUUAGUUUGAUCGGGAAUUUUAUGAAAAAAUGGCUCACUUUGAUAUGGUGAUUUCCUCAUCUAUAUCAUAAAAGAAACUAACUGAUAAUUUAACACUAAAUCUAAAUGAAUAAAGCUAAAACGACUUAAGCAAUACUUCUGAUCUAAGUCACAUUGAUGAUAACAGAUAUGCUUCAUAGCAUACUCUUUCUGUUGAAAAUAUAAAUAAAGAUUCAUGA